AGAGCCCAAAAUGUCCUCCAAGUACUUGUUAGUGUUACUUCUUGGAGUGGUGCUUCUUAGUCUCACCACUUCCACUCUUGCUGAUAUAAAAAAACCUCCAGUUAAAAGCCCCCCACCUCACAAGCCACCUCCUCUUGUGGAGACCUUAGAUGGCAAGCCACCCCCGAAACACAAGCCACCAACCCCACUCGAUAAGGAAGAGAAGCCAUUCCCUGGACAAAAGCCACCAAGCCCUUUCGAGAAACCUCCAAAAGGUAAGGGAGAGAAGCCACCACCAGAACACAUGCCACCAAAAGAGCAUUUCCCAGGACACCCUCCACUAGAGGAUGCCAAAGACUCGUACGAGCCGACCGCUGAGAAGAAGCCACUUCCUACUCCAACAAAGUAGCCGCCAGUGCUACCAUACAAGCCCCCCCACAAGCCUCCAUCAGCCAACUGAUCAGUGGUUUAGAUGUGUAUUUAGUUAAAAAUAAGAGCUGCACAACUGCUGUGUUAAGUGUCGACUAUGGUUCAAUUACUUUAGCGCAGGGUCAUGUGCAUGCUUAAUUUGUACUUGGUUUUUCGGUACGUAGUCUGCAUGCAUGGACUGAUGGACAUGCAGGUGGUCUUGUUACGCUUAAUUAAUUAAUGCCAUGUAUGUUAUUAUCACCAUCUAUGACAUACACUCUAUUCUACG